AUGCACCAUGGCUGUCCUCCUCCUUUUGGGUGGCGCUCUCGAUACCGUUGCGUCAACCUCGACGUCGCUGUCGCCCUCCCCGUCCCCGCCGUCGCCCGUGCCUCGCUCGGCGGCCGGAAGGCAGCAUCGCGCGAGACGGAGUACAUCACCCGCGGCUGCGAGCCGGGCAGCAGCAGCAACGUGAAGUCAUUCUCAGAGCCGCAAGCGUGCUCCGACAAGCCCCAGCUGACGGGCGCGUCGGCGAAGCCCCACACGGCCCUCAAAGGAGCGAGCCAGCAGCGUGCCGCCGCUGCCGUCGCCUCCUCCUCCUCCUCCGCAGAAUGGCAGCGCGUCGAGGCCGACCCACUCGCCUAG